AUGAAUUAAAUUAAAAUAUUUAUUGGAAAUGACCAUGCUGCAUUAGAUUAUAAAAAUACUUUAUUAGAAUAUAGUAAAAAAAAGGGAUAUGAUAUUGAAGAUCUAGGAACACACACAAACCAAAGUUGUGAUUAUAAUGAUUAUGCUCUUAAUGUAUGCAAAGAGGUCAUCAAAUCUAAUGCGAUUGGAAUAUUAAUAUGUGGUAGUGGAGUGGGGAUUUCAAUUAUGGCCAACAAGGUUAAGGGCAUCAGAUGCGGGUAAGUGAAUGAUUAUGAUUCAACAUUAAAGGCAUUAGAAAUAGGAUGCAAUGUGAUUUCUUUUGGUGCCAGAACUGUUGGGAUCGAGAUUGCCAAGUAAAUUGUGGACACUUUUCUUUCCAAUCAAAACAGAGCCAAGAAUCAUGAAGUUGAGAAGGAAAUUUAAAGCAUCGAGGAACUAACUUAUGGAAAAUGA